AUGUCUGAGACCUCCCUUUCGGUCCACUCUGGGCCACCGCAUAGUGAAGACCCCCGAACUCCACCACCUGCGCACCGUUGCGACAGUCCUCCGCCUUUCGUUGAUCAUGGCCAAGGUGCAGUGAACCUGCCCGGUUUUCGCACUGAAGCUCGAUACAAUACCUUACUCCAGGCUAUCUAUGGUCUGGAUGCCAUGGAUAGGAAAGACAAGUCGGUCGUCAUCGUCGGUUUCUUUAGUCCCAAGGCGCUCAAAGACAACCAUCCAGAUACAAAACAGUACAUCAUCGCUUCAGAAAGCUCACAACUUGUGGUGAAGAGCAUGCUCGAAACUCAAGAUCUUUCCCGAAAAGUCAUUCAGCUGGCAAAAGAUUUCAAACAAGACAGCCCAGACAGAGUAAAGCACAUAGACAAGUACCUGCGAACCAUCAUUACCCUGCACCACAUGUUGUCUCUUGAGGCCCUGAAGGUUCACCAAGUUCUCUAUGAGAUACAAGAGAAACGUGCAGAGAUGGAUCGGAUAGAAUUGACAGACGUGAGACCCGAGAUCAGAGAAAGCAUUCGGACCGGCAAGAAACGAAAGGCUAGCUCAACGUUUCCUUCUGGUAACUUUAUCGAGUUUAACGAAGACGAUCUCGAGAUGCUCCAGGACAAAUACAACUCCCAUAGCCGUCUCAUGGAGCAUGCCGAGACAUGGCGGAAUGAGAUUCUCAAUGCUGUCACCGAUGGUGCGCCUUUGAAUGCGAUUGCAAUGAUGUUCUCCCUAGAUACCGUUGCCAGUUGUCUGGGUGCGGCCGGAAUUGCAGAGACCGGGAACGCCAGAGCUGAUCUCAGAAAACAAAGUAUUGCAUACUAUGACGCUAAGUAUAAGCGAGAGGACCGAGAAGAGCAAGAAGAGGAAGAAGAGGACACAGAAAACCGACACUGCCUUCUAUGGUGUCCAGUUACAAAAAGAUGGUGGCCUCGCGAAGUGAUCAAGAACGCCCAUAUAAUCCCAGCCAACACACCCGAGGGUACAAUCCGAUACUGCUUUGGAGAGCUCAACGCUAAGGCGAUGCUCAAUAGCUCACGCAAUUUCAUCCUUCUGCACGCACGAAUCGAGGAGGCUUUCGACAGAGGACAGAUUUCGAUCGUUCCUGUCUCCGAUGCGGCAGAAGAAACUUCGCAGCAACCAUCGGAGUUCCGAAUCUUUUUCAUUGACCGUUCUCUCGUGCUCCGACGCAAGGCGGCUGUGGUAUCGAGCAAGAACGAAAUCCUAUUCUGGGGUGAUCUCGCGAGGGACCCUCAGUUGAAGUUCCAAAACAACAAUAGGCCGGGACAUCGAAACUUGUUUUGGCAUUGUCUGACAAGCUUAGCAAAGGCAAAGAGUCGCGCGCACAUCGGUCUCACAGCGGCUUUGACAGAAUUCGAAAGAAAAGAGGUGUGGAACAAGCCAGGAAAAUGGAUCGAAAAGGGUAUGUUGAGGGACAUGGCACACCAACAUAUGAUGCCACAAAUCUACCGAGAAGAUGCCACAUUUGUCGACGACGGAACACUUGAGAAAAUGGAAAAAGACAUUGCUAUUACCGCCUUGUUCAGACUGUCUUCGCCCCGAGUACAGUCAGACCUCGACGUGGAGGAGUCAAAUCUCGAGGCUUUGACCCAUCCGAACUUUGCGCCGGAAGAAUAUUUCUCGCCACAAGCGCUGCUUCCUCUCAGUCCAGGCACGGAGGGUUUCUUAGCAAUUCCUGUACCCAGCCCGACGCCACGCUGGGAACGUGCUAGAUUUGAGGGCCCAGAGAGUCCUACUCCUGGCGCUCGUUUGUUCGACACGUUCAGAGGCCAAGCGUCCCGAGCUUUUGUCACUACAACACAUGGAGCUUCCAAAACCUAUAAUCGGGUUUCCAAGCUUUCUCUACGAUUGAGAAAGGAUUAA